CCCGGAACCAGCUCUCGACGUCGAGCGAGGCGCUGCCCGCGCGUUCUGAGGAGGCUGCGGAAGGCGCGGCCGUGCAGUCCGCUGAGCGCAGGGGCUGUUGCUGAGGACGGCCUCCAGUGUGGGGGGAAUGAAGGAUGGCAGCACGCCGUGCAUUAAAAGCUGUUUUGGUGGAUCUCAAUGGCACACUUCACAUUGAAGAUGCAGCUGUGCCAGGCGCACAGGAAGCUCUUAAAAGGUUACGCGGUACUUCUGUAAUGAUUAGGUUUGUGACCAACACAACCAAAGAGAGCAAGCAAGAUCUGUUGGAAAGGUUGAAAAAACUGGAUUUUGAUAUCUCUGAAGAUGAAAUAUUCACUUCCCUGACUGCAGCCAGAAACUUAGUAGAGCAGAAACAAGUCCGGCCUAUGCUACUGGUUGAUGAUAGAGCACUACCUGAUUUUAAAGGAUUACAAACAAAUGAUCCGAAUGCUGUGGUCGUGGGGUUAGCACCAGAACAUUUUCAUUAUCAGGUUCUGAAUCAAGCAUUCCGGUUACUCUUGGAUGGGGUGCCUCUGAUAGCAAUUCACAAAGCCAGGUACUACAAAAGGAAAGAUGGCUUAGCCCUGGGGCCUGGGCCCUUUGUGACUGCUUUAGAAUAUGCCACAGACACCAAAGCCACAGUGGUAGGAAAACCAGAGAAAACAUUCUUUCUAGAAGCACUGCGUGGCACCGGCUGUGAACCUGAAGAGGCCGUCAUGAUAGGAGACGACUGCAGGGAUGAUGUUGGUGGGGCUCAGAAUAUCGGCAUGCUGGGCAUCUUAGUGAAAACGGGGAAAUAUCAAGUAGCAGAUGAAGAAAAAAUUGAUCCACCUCCUUACUUAACUUGUGAGAGCUUCCCUCAUGCCGUAGACCACAUUCUGCAGCACCUGCUGUGAACCAUUCUGCGCAUCAGAAGCAACUUGAGAUGUUGCUUUUCAUCCUCUGGAAUGAAGCCCUCACCAUCUCAGUGCCAGCCUGGACAGACACACACCACUCGGCACUGAUAAAGGCGUAGCCCUCUUCUGUUGUGCAUUAAUUAGAAAGAAACUGAACUGCAGCCAGCAACCAAGUCUUGCUAGUUCCUUUUGUUUUCUUUCUUAAAGACGAUGAGACCCAAAGAAAGGGAGAGCUGAGAUUUUAUGCCAUUCCUUUUAAAAUAUUCAUCAGGUUAGAAAAAUCCACUGCAAGGAGUCACGUUCUCUGCUGUCUCCUCACUGGUGAAAUAAGGGAUGGGGAGGAAGGGGGCUCAAGAUUCAUAUUGUGAAUAAAGUUGAACAUUGUUUUUUUACAUUAUAAAGUGACACUUUGAAAGGUGCAUUAGGCUGUAAAUACUGAGUUCAAUGGUGAAACCCAUCCAAAGCGCCAAGAAGCAGCAGCAGCAAAAUAAAUUGUCCUUUAGCCCAAGUGAUUGAGUGAAUUUGCUUUAGCUAGUGUUGAAAAUGAGAUUAUCUACUGUAUUAUUCCCAGCACGGGUGACUUCUUUUUCUCUUCAUUAGCCAGUGAUGACUAAUUUAAAUUUAGAACCUGAUUUUAAUUUAAAAUAAUAUUUCCAUUAAUAACCUAUUCAUUGCAGAUACCUAUUAUACUGUGUAACAGUUGUUUUGGAAAUUUUAUGUAAAAUUAAAACUAUCAGUAUUUUACAGAUGUUUUAAUUAGACAUUGUUAUUAACAGGAACAGUACAGAAACUAAAAUCAAGCCUUUAAUGUCUUACAGACCAUGCAUUUUUGAAGUUAGUGUCCACUAGGGUCCUAUUAACUGUACAUUUGCAAGAUUUCAUUAUUUUUGCCUCUGAUACUAUGGGAAAAAUCUUUUAGAAGCUAUUGGGACAGAUUCAGGCUUUUAUGUACUUGGUUACUACAGCUGUAAAAUAAAAUCUCGUCUUGUAGCGUG